CACACUUUGGAAGCGCUCUCCGAGAUGUACGAGACGCUGAGCGAGAAAGACCUGUGGUCAGCCCUGUGGCAGAAGACGUGUCGAUAUCCAGAGACUCAACAGGCAAUGGCAUAUCAACAGCAGGGUUGCUAUGAGCAGGCUCAAGGAAUCUAUGAGAAGAUGGCGAGCAAGGCCCAGGAGGACUUUGCGACAAAGCCGGCAUCUCCGCUGCACACAUGUGAACUGAAGCUCUGGGAAAACCAGUGGAUCAAGUGUUCCAAAGAGCUGGGCCUGUGGAGUCUGUUGCUGAAACUCGGCCAGGCGUCUAAGGCAGAGGACCAUCCGUACAUCGUGAUGGAGUCGGCAUGGCGACAUCCUGACUGGUUAGCUUUCAAGGAAUCCUUGGCCAUGGUUGAGAGGUGUUGUCCAGACUACCUGUGUCCCCGUUACAACACCUACCGUGGUAUUCUGGCCAUUGGGCACAAUGAAGAGAACUCACACACAAAGGUGGAUCGGCUCGUAGAGACGAGUUUCCAUCAGAUCUCCAACCUGUGGCGCAAUCUUCCUCACAUUGUCAGUCUCCAGCAUGUCCCCCUGUUACAGCAAAUGCAGCUAGUCUACGAACUGCAGGAAGCUAAUCAGCUGCAGAUCUGCGUUGAGCAGAUCCAGGCGUCCACCAAUCGAUCCAACACAAGUCUGCACGAUGUGAAGAACUUCACGAAACUCUGGAGGCAACGCCAGCCCAACAUCUGGGAUGACAUGAGCCACUGGAGCGAUGUAAUUAUCUUCAGACAGCACCAGUAUCGCAUGCUGCAGACGGCGUUUGACACAUUCUCCGCCAACCAGCAGCCUGCUGACCGGUCUGUGUCGACAUCCACACAGUUGCUGGGUGUGCAUGGUACAGCUUCAUCCAUCAUUCACUUUGCCAAGGUGUGCAGGCGACAAGGUCUUUUCAACAGCUGCCUCGACAAUCUUGCAAGAAUCCACACUAUUCCAAAUGUGCCAAUCGUGGACUGCUAUCAAAAGAUACGACAACAGAUCAAGUGCUACCUUCAGAUGGCUGGUAAUGCGGGCGUUACCGAGCUCAAUGAAGUAAGCAUACUCAAUGAAGGCUUGGAGACUGUGGAGACUACAAAUUUAAAGUUUUUCUCCAAGGACAUGUCCGCCGAGUUCCUUGCACUCAAGGCAUCCUUCCUUGCCAAGCUCGAUCGGGUGGAGGAAGCCAACAAGUGGUUCUCGGCAGCUGUGGCAAUGAACGACAGUGCCGCUAAGCCCUGGUCCUGCUGGGCAGAGUUCCUAGAUCAGAGCUUUGUCAAAGACCACCAGAAUAUGGAGACAGGUGUGAACGCGAUCACGGCCUACUUGCAUGCAUGUCGCAGUCAGAGUGAGCUGAAGUGCCGCAAGCUACUCUCCCGGAUCUUUUGGCUGAUGGCGUAUGACAAAGAUAUGAUGUUUGCGGAGGUGCUGGAGAAGCACGGUACGCUGGUCACGCCGCAGUGUUGGUUACCUUGGUUGUCUCAGUUGUUCACUCUAGUGAUCAACCUGGACACCAGUCCACAGACACAGACAGUCAAGAACAAGGGUACCUACGUCUACUGCCUAAUGGUGCACAUAGGACGUGCUUUUCCACAGGCAAUGUACUUCCCGUUGCGUUCAUACUACCUGUCACUGAAAGAAGAUAGGAGGAAAAUUCUAGAAAAGCCUGGUGUCAGUGGUCUGCUUAACGCUCAGGCUACUCCCAAAAAGCCUACUGGUAGUUCGAUUCUCACCUCAACUCACACUAACCCCCAGGAUGGCAAUGCUGCAGCGUCAUCAUCAUCAACUACUGCACACGAUGUCACCAAUGCCAGAGAUCUCUCUUCUUCCAGUCAAGCUAGCAGCAGCACCUCUGUCGGCGGUGGCGAGGCCAUGGAUACUACUGGCUCUGCUGUAGUUGGCAGUCGACGCGAGACCUGCACUGUCGGAGAGGCUACGUCCAAGAGCGGUGGUUCCACAUCAGACUCGCCGCGGCCCAGGCAGCGUGCCGCCAGCGAAACCUCUUCAGCAUCAGCACCAGCAGCAGUGUCGGCCACCCCUGAUACUGCUGCUGGUGACGGUGGUGAGGAGGCAAUGGAUACGUCAGGUAGUGCACCACCACAGGAUGACACAGUACCCGCACCAUCGCCACUAACAUCCACACAUCCGCCGACGACCGCGUCGUCCACAUCAUCAGCAAGCGCCACCGCCGCAGCACCGAUAUCGUCUUCUCCGUCUUUACCUGCUGCAGGGAGAAGCAGUAGGACGAGCAGUGCAUCUCGAAGUACGCGUGCUCCGUCAACUGCAGGUUCUGCAUCAUCAUCGUCAGCAGCAGCAGCAGCCGGAACCUCGUCACCAUCAGGCGCAGAUCGUGCUCAGGUGGUAGCAGCUGGUGCUGGAUGGCGGGCCACACAGAGCAUGGUGAUCUGCAGCAAGAUCAUGGUCAACCUACGAGAAAUGAAUCCUGUGCUGCUCGGCUGCAUGGAGCAAGUCAUUGAACAGAUGUACCAGCUACACUUGUCCGAUGACUGGCUCAGCGACAUGACGUCAUGCAUGAAGGCCUGCCUGACGGUGUGUAACCGGGAGGCUUUCCAGAACCGGCACAAUGUGUCUGGCUGCACCGUCUCACAGCGUGUCCUGGCCGUGGUCAAAACACUGGUGGACAAGUUCACGCUGGGUUUCCAACACAAGUCACCACCACCACCAACAACAGCAGCAGCAUCCACGUCAUCAUCAUCAUCCUCUGCAACAUCAGGGCUGACCGCGGCCAACACCAGUAGUAGUAAUACUCAUAUAGGAGGAGGCCAGCAGCAGCAGCAGCGUCAGCCCACAGCUGCCAAGUGCCCUGCUGCAGCUAGUCUAGGUAGAUACCAAGACUUUGACUCCUAUCUGCAGACCUUCACUGACGACUUCAACAUCAGUGCCGAAACUCGCCUACCGGGCGUCGUCACCAAGCUGAAGAAAUGGAUUCGAUUACUGGACAGAACCUGGAAACUGACAGAUAAGCGGAAAAUGAUCGACAGCCGGUUUAUCCUGCACUUCACGUUGGCAAACGCCGAGGUGAUGUUGCCGUCUGAAAACCUUCUCCAUCGUAUGCAAACUAAUGGCUUCCACAUAGCACGCUUCCUACCGCACAUGGAGACGGUGGUCAAGGACGACGGCUUUGCCAAGCGCAUUCAAAUCCAAGCGACCAACGGCAAGAUCUAUCCGUAUUUGCUAUUGGGUGACGUGGAGACGCAUGAUUGCUGGAGAGAGGAGAGAGUAUUACAGCUCUUCAAGAUUGCCAACACCAUGCUGCAGAAGAGAAAGGAACCAGCCAUUCGUCUUUUGCAGUACAACAUAUCUAAAAUCACUAACGUGGCACCCAACGUGCGGCUCAUGGAGGAUGACCCAUCCGACAUUAGCUUCCUAUCGAUAUUGGAGGAGGCCUGUCAACAGGAGCAGAUCAGCUCUCCGGACAAGGCUGUGGAGAUGUACUACGACCGGCUUGCCCUGGAGCAGAUCAAACACGCCACUUCACAUAGCAACGGUGUACCCACGCAUACUCUGGCCUCCAUAUUCAAUGAGAUCAUAAGAGAUGUCAUACCUUCCACCGUUUUGAGAAAAUGGUCCAUUAACAUUUUCCAGUCGGCUGUGGACUUCUGGCAUUUCAGAGCGCAGGUUGCCCGUCACCUGGCGAUCUACUUUGUGGCGGAGUAUGUGCUGCACUUGACGGAGAUGACGCCACGCAAGCUGUACCUGACACGGAACACAGGCUGCUUGUCGGCGCGUUUCUACCGCUUUGACGUGGACAAACAGACGGGUUCGUUGCUAAAUGAAGAUCGUGUAGCGCCGUUCCGCUUGACACCCAACAUCCUGUCAUUACUGGCACCGCUGAAUCUCGAAGGCCCUCUCUCCGCUGCUAUGGUGGCCACGGCACGCUGCUUGGCCGAUCCUAGCUUUGCACUGCCCAACUACCUCUACACCAUUCUCAAAGAUGAGUUCAUCCUCUGGCAUAGAAAGCGGUAUUUCACGCAGGACGACUUCUCUGCUGGACUACCUGAGAUAUCUGCCACUGAUGAACUAGUGCCCUUAGUGAGCACGGCCGUGACGGAUAUGAUGGCCAGGCUGCACGAGCUAGCGCAGUAUGAUGACGGAGUCAACAGGGCAGACAGCUUGCUGGAGCAGGCGAGCAACGUCGGCGUACUAAGUCAACUCGAUCCGGCCACUUUCCCCUGGUUCUGAGAAUGGUAAAUUAGCCUGUACUGGCGAUUGUUUGACCGCUAGUGUGAUGCGCACAACGGUUAAUACUUCUCGAGCAAUCCUUUAGCUCCGACUGGAUGUGUGGUCCCUAAAUGUUUUCUAUCACGAGGCGUACGAAUGUUGUCGUUCGCGUGUCCAAUUGUUCGUUCUAUGUUAGUUUUUUACCGCCAUGCUAAUGGAUGACAAAGAAGUGAUCAUUUUCAAGUCUGCGGCGGCAUGGUUCUGCUACGAGUUUGCCGUUGCUUCCGAUCACGAAUGCAUACGAUGCUGCUGCGCCUUGCCGGGCUGGUCUUUUCCAGGCGUGGUUGUCUCUCGUACUUCAAACUACUACUGAACAGGAGACUGAUGUGGAAAGGCUACUGCAGCGAAAAUGCUGUACCGCGGCGUGCUGCUGCUGCUGCUUUCUGCUUGCGCACAAACCUUCCGCCAUGAAACACACAUUCUUUGAGACGACACUAACGAUAUGCAUGAGACAACACUAACGCUAUGCAUGAGGUGACUGAAUCCUGAUAUGCAUGAAGAACGCUGCUGCUGCACAUUAUUACACCGCAUAACACUAGACCUUACGAUUUUCAGACAGCAUAAAACUCAUCAGCCGCAGUCAGUGCGCGAUGUCCACGACUUUCUUUAUAUAACUCAACGCACACAGCCGUCCGCUCUGCAUGUCUUGUACCGCUGUACUAACAUGUUGUCUACAUGGUGCACGGCACCAAUACUUCUUCUAAAGCUGCUAUGGUCUGCAAGAAUCCUACCUACUAGUAUUGCCCGUCAAGUAUCUCUCUAUCAUCAUCACGGUCUUGUCUUUCUAGAUAUUGUAUGAUGUCGCGGACCGGUUUGCAUGUGUGUGUUUCCUCUGAUCGCAUGUGCACCUGCUGUCUUCACAAUUCUACAAAUCGCUCUUAGCCAUCAUCGUUAUUAUCAUCCUUACUACACACAGCUAUGCUCACUGAGCCAACGCAGUGACUCUCAUUGGCCGGUGCCAAUGAACCACCCCGGCAUGGAGAUUUCCCCAGCAUGGGUGACGUCACACUGGUGCUACACUGGCCUUGCCAAGAACAAAUGCGCUAGCUGACACGCCAGGGCUACAAUUCUUGGCGCAUUCAUUUCUAUCGGUCACUUCUUUGACCUCCGGACAGA